AUGAUUGCCAUGUUAUUAAUACUGCGGAUACGCAACCGUAACAAAUGUUUGGCGCCCAACAUAAAUCUAGUCAAUGAGACCGGGAUUAAUGCAGCUGCAAGUAGUAAUGUUUGCAAUACAACUGCUUGCCAACACAGGGCCAAACUAAUAACAAAACUCCUAAACGACGACGUUGAUCCGUGCACGGAUUUUUACGGCUAUGUGUGCAAUAACUGGAUGUUUCACAACCCUAUUCCGGAUGUAAAGAACGUCAUCGGCGGCUUGCAUUCUCUCGACGACCAAGUUUUGAUUGAUUUGAAAGAUAUAUUGGAAAAUGCUACCUACAAAACGAAGGAUCAGAAUGUCACGGAUAAAGUUGCGGUUGCAUAUCGUAACUGUGUCAAUACCUCCAUUCCUGCAGAGGUUCAAUUUCGUGCAUUGCAAGAUGUACUGAAGAGAGUAGUCGGUGAACACUGGCCCAUUUCGCCACUUUUCGAAAAUGAAAACACAUUUCCCAGCUGGCACGAUCUCUACAUCCGGAUUCACAACGAACUGAAUUUAUACUAUUUGUUUGCGGAGUUCGUCAUAAAAGAUGUGACGAACACAACAAAGAAUAUUCUUGUGUUGGGUAUGCCAGAGCUUGAUAACGCGGUCACUCAAACAAUGCGAGUUUCCGAAGGCAGUCACCUCACUCCUAUGGGCAUAGCUACCAAGAGGGUUAUGGAGUUCAGCAUGAAAAUACUCUAUCCGGGCAUAACAGACGCUCAAACUGAAGCGACUAUUCAAGAUAUCAUCUGGUUCAGCGAAAAUAUUACGAAGAUUCGUGAGCAUGCGGAAAGCAUGUCUGAACCUGAAAUCCCAUUUGUCAAAACGACGAUAGCACAGCUCACAAGUGUUUCGAAAGAGCUCGACUGGGAGCUUUUCUUCGGGAAGAUACUGGAGCCUGUUGGUAUUAAGCUCCAACCUGAAGAGCCAAUAAUCCUUGCCGGCGAACUCUACGUAAGAACAAUAAUCGAAUUCGUGAGUAAAUCACGCAGGUCUACAGUGUACAACUCCCUUAUGUUGGCGGUAAUACAAAAAUUAGCUCCACUCGCUCUGCCGGAGUUUCAAGAGAUGCUUUUUGACGUGCGAAGCAUCACAACAGGAGCCAAGGAAGACGAUCCUCAGUGGAUGCGCUGUAUGAACAACAUUGUCGGGCUAUCUGGCGUUAUGGACCACCCCGCCGGAAGGCUUUACAUCGAAAAAAAAUUCAGCACGUUUGCUAGGAAAGACGCAAAGGGCUUGGUUACUGAGCUCAUCGACUCCUUCAAGGAACGCCUUCUGAAGAUAAGAUGGAUGGAUCACAAAACAAAAUUAGAGGCUUUAACGAAGCUGACUCAAAUCGUUAAAAAAGUUGGCUAUGCUGAUUGGCUGAUGAACGACACAUAUCUGAACAACAUGUACCGUGAGGUUGAACCCGUUGUUCUAGGUCAACCCUUUAUUUUGUCCUACUUGGAUUUCCGGAAGAAAAGCGGCCUGGAAAUUUUGAGAAAGUUACGUGUGGAGAACAACCGAGCAGAAGUUUGGGAAUCAGGUCCUGCUACCGGGAAUGCCUUUUAUUCACCGCUGUCAAACUCAGUCAUAAUUCCUGCGGGAAUACUUCAACCACCUUUAUUCGAGUACGGCUUACCAAUGCACAUAAAUAUUGGGGCAGUAGGGACAGUUAUUGGCCAUGAAGUGACGCAUGCCUUUGACGAGACAAGUAGUCUGUUCGAUGCAGAAGGUAAUAUUCGCAACUGGUGGACGAAUGCAACCAAAGAAACAUUUUUGCAAAAGGUUAAAUGUUUUGAAGAACAAUAUGGUAGCGUUGCAGACAAGAGAGUUCAUUUAAAACUCAAUGGACUCCUGACAAAAAACGAGAACAUCGCGGACAAUGGAGGACUUCUUCUAGCCUACCGUGCCUACCGCCGCUGGGCUAGCAAAACAAAAUAUGAAAAAGUGCCUUCCUUGCCAGGACUGAACCUCACCAGUGAUCAGCUUUUCUUUACAUCCUACGCAAUGAUAUGGUGCACGAAUAUUCGACCAGAGUCGCUCAUGAUACAGAUCCACACUGAUUCGCACUCCCCUGAGCGACACAGAGUGAACGAAGUUCUAAAGAACACGAAAGAAUUUUCAGAGGCAUUCUCGUGCUCUGAAACGUCACGCAUGAAUAACAAAGACAAGUGCAUCGUCUGGUGA